AUGGAAGCAGCAGCAGCUACUCCACACUCUCUGGAUCAUCAUCAUCACUACUACAAUCCUCAACCUCAAGUCUCCCCUGUUCCUACUCCCUUCUGUUUCUCCCCUCCACACCCUUAUACCCAAUAUAGUACCUCUGCAUUCUGCUAUGGAGCUGGAGAAAACAGUGCCUUCCACUCGUCUUCCUUGCCCAUAAUGCCCCUCAAAUCAGAUGGCUCUCUCUGUAUCAUGGAAGCCUUAACUAGAUCCCCACCGCAACAAGGGAUUUUGCAAAAUUCCUCUUCCCCUAAACUGGAGGACUUCUUGGGAGGUACUGCAACAAUGGCACCCCAUGAGAGAGAAGCAAUGGCUCUCUCUCUAGACAGCAUGUACUACCCUCAGAACAUCGAGGAAGAAACCAACAGACAAAGCCUACUCAAUCACCAAGGCAUUGAAGUCCAAAACCACCCGUUUUACUCCGGAAUUUAUCAAACACCUCUGGGUGAAGAAGAAGAAGAACAAGAAACAGAGGAAACUGGGGAUGGACUCACUUAUUUCAAGAACUGGGUUUCUUGUCAGUAUCCAGACCCCCAACCACUUCACCAGCAGCAGAUGAACCAUGACAGUGUUGUCGAUAAUGGAGGUGGGUUUGGGUCGAGUAAGGCAAAUGGUGCAAUGGGUUGUGGGGAUUUGCAGGCUCUGACCUUGUCAAUGAGCCCUGGAUCUCAGUCCAGUUGUGUUACUGCUGCUCAAAGGCAGAUUUCUCCCAUUGAAAUUUCUGAGUCUGUGGGUGCGGAGAGGAAGAAGAAAGUGGGUGGGAGGCCAACUGUUCAUAGGAAGUCUAUUCAGACAUUUGGGCAGAGGACUUCACAGUACAGAGGUGUGACCAGGCAUAGGUGGACUGGUAGAUAUGAAGCCCAUUUGUGGGAUAAUAGUUGCAAGAAGGAAGGUCAGAGCCGGAAAGGAAGGCAAGGUUAG